AUGGUUGAACCAACGACGAUGCUUCGUGAUGAAUUUGAAGUGAAGGAAAAUUUUCCUUUUGGAAUUAAUGGCUCUGCGGACACAUUAAUGUUUGAAAUUAUAGUGAAAAAACCGUUGAGUCAUAACAGAAGUUUUAUGGCUCAAGGGUUUUAUGGAGCUGCUGGUGAUGAAGAUUCGGAGAAAUCAGGAAGAGGGAUCAUUUGA